AACGCAUCUCGAAGACUUCAGAUCAUCGAGAUCCUCUUCAUCAACUCAUUCGUGGCAUUGUUUGCGACGUUCUGAACACUAGCGAGUCUCUUCUCUUUGUCCCUACCACUCAUUAUCGAUCGGUGCGAGGCGUUCCUAUCCUGCGUACGAGCACCUUCCCACAACCACAACCACGACCAAUUGAGCUCGGUGAAGCUCGGGGAACAGCUCCAGGGCUUCUCUACCCUUCUCAAUAUCUCUGCGACAUCUGCGAAGGCAACCGGAAGCUUUGGAACCCCCCGGCGCAUACCUUAAAGCUCCCUCUCGAAGCUGUCACGUACAUCAACAUGGCUUCUGAUGGACCACCACAAACACCAGCUGGCAGCAAUGAAGCUCCAGCUGCAGUCACUACUUCUCCCCCGAAAUAUGUUCCACAAUUCUCUGCUGCGACUGAAAUGAUUCUCAAGCGCAUUCAAUCCGGUGCUACCAGCUCGUUCGCGUCGACUGGACUUACUGGCACGCCUGCUGGCUACGAGGACAUGAAGCGUAGUGUUAUGCAGAGUAUGAAGACAACGAUGAACAUGGAGCUUCCCAGUACACCAAUUGGAAGUGCGAACAAAGCUAGGGCUGCCAGAGCUACAGGUGGAAGUGGUUCUCGAUCUCGAAGCUCAGCAACACCAACCGCUGCAUCUGCUAGUGGACCCAAAGGCAAAGGAAGUGCGCGUGGCCGUGGGAAAGCCGGAAUAAAGAGGAAGAGAGCGAAGAGUGAGGAGGAAGAAGAGACGGAGGAGUCAGACAGCGACAUGUCAAAGCUCGGUGGAGAUUCUGAUUCUGAUGGCUCUGGAAGCAUCCCCGACUUGCCAAAAAUGACCCAAUCUGGUCGCCAAGUCGUGAAGCCCCAGCAAUUCGUCCCUGCCAAUUAUGAACCUGCUACGAAGCGACGUGCGCCGUCUAGGAAGUCUCAAGAGCAAGCACUCUGCAAACGAUGUGGGCGCGGGCACAGUCCCGAGAACAACAUGAUCGUGUUCUGCGACGGUUGUAACGGAGGAUGGCACCAAGAAUGUCAUGAUCCGAAAGUCUCUGACCAGGCAGUUCAAGACGAAAAGGAGCCCUGGUUCUGUGCCGAGUGCAGUCGCAAGAAGGGAAUCAAGACAGUACCCGAGCCUCCAAAGGCUGUCAGCUGGGAAGGACGAAGUUCCGAAGAGAAAAGAGCAUACCUGAACUCCCUUCCUCACCCGCAAUUAGUCUCCCUGCUAUUACAGGCGACGACAAUUCACCCUAAUCUUCCACUCUUCCCACCCACACCACCAGCUGCUCCUAUAUCCGUCCCUAUGCAAGCAUAUGUUCCCCGUCCUGCUACUGUUCGCACAAAUAUAUAUCCACAACAACCUUUCCCUCCGUCUUCUGCAUCAACUGCUGGUCUAUUUUCUCGAGCCGAAGCCAAUCCUAAUGCCCCGAUCAAUUUCAUUCGCAAGAUUCCUCCUGGUUCAUCACAAUCGCCUGCUCCUACAACUCCGGCUUCUUUCACAGCCUCCCAACCCUUGCAAUCUUUCACACAUGCUUCCUCUGCGCCUCCCCAACUUCCUGCCCAAGACGAUAGUCGGGAAAGCACACCCGCUAGUCCACCUUACCCAAAAGCAGGCAAUGGUCUCAUGGCAAAACUCGGACCGGAUGAAGAAGAUUUGGAAUGGUUGGUCGAUGCGAAUGACUACGACGCUUUCAGUCACGUAGUCUACAACGAAGCUGGUGAGAGG